AUGAGAAUAUUCAGUAAUAAAGAUGAGAUACACACUCUUUGCUUUGAUGAUUCGGUGGUGGUUUAUCAAAACGAAGAAGAAGAAAAGAGUGGUGCAGAGCGGUUCUUAAAUUUCAUAGUCAAUACUCUGCCAAGCAGCAAUUCUCUAACCAAGAUCAAGAAAUUCUCUCUUCGUCAUCAAAGUAGAGUUCCCCUUGAGAACGAUUUCUCUCGUCUUGUCUACGGUUGGAUUUGGAAUGCAAUGAAACAAGGAGGUUUAUUGGAGCUGCACUUGGAAUGCAGCAGAGAUCAGUUUGAUAUAGAUAGGGUUUUGCUAACGAGCAACACACUGGUGAAGCUCACACUAUCCGGUAACUACAAUUUCGGAGAAGAUGUGGAGAGUUUGUUUUUCCCAGCGCUCAAAUCACUCUCUAUCUUAUCGGUCUCGGGGCUUGGUUUUGAGGAAUAUUCUCGGCUCGUGAAUGGCUGCCCUGUGCUGGAGGAACUAUUCAUAACCGAAGAUGAUGGUGGCGAUGAUAAUGAUUGGCCAUAUGUGCCAUCUUGGUCAACGUCUGUGGAAAGUGCAUCUAUCAGGCGACUUGUGAUUUCUAACGAUCUUCCGUAUAAUGAUUCUUCUAAAGAGUAUUAUGACGAAACCUAUUUUAAAGCGCCGAGUCUUGUCUACCUUGACUACUCUAGCGUUGUCUUUGAGGAUUAUAAGGUUGUUGAUUUGGUUUCGCUUGUGGAAGUCAAGCUGGAUCUCAGGCUAUGGGUGUCAAAGAAGAUGUUUGGUGAUGUUACGAAACUUGUUGCGGGGAUAAGCAACGUUAGGACGCUUCACUUGUCUCCUGAUUCACUUGAGGUGUUUCAUUUCUGCUGUAAAUCCAUGCCGGUGUUCAACAAUCUCCUUAGUUUAUCUAUUCAGAGUAGCAAGGAGAAAAGUUGGCAAGUGAUGCCGCUUUUGCUCAGUAGCUGUCCAAAUCUACAAACUUUAGCCCUCAAGGGUCUUUUGCACAGAGUAACGAAUAAAUGCGGAGAUGCAUGCGCUUGCAUCCCUACGAAGAAGCGAUGCGCUUGCAUCCAUAAGAAGAAGAAGAGGAAGACAUGUUGUUUAUGGACAUGUCAAGUGAAAGUGUUGGAGAUUUCAGAGUACGGAGGUUCUUUUCAAGAGCUGUAA